GGUUAAGGUUAUGUCAGAAAGUGAGGUAAAGCGUAAGAGCUAGUGUAGGAUCCUAACUAUUUCCCCUACCAAUUUCUUGUAGUAAGAGCUAUGAAACUGAAGAAAUGUCCUUUGAGGAAAUAUUGAGUAUUGGAGGGGGUGAAGAAGUUCAACAUAUUUGCCAGGGUGGUGAUGAAAAUGUUAAGGUGGAAUCCAAUAGAGAUGGAUGGAGUGAGUGGGAGAAGGGGGUGAGGAUUCCUUCAACAAUCUUGGAGGCUGACGAUAGUCGAUCCAAGCAUUUUGAUGAGUUAGACGAAAUCGUGUCUGAGGCUGAAAGCAAUAAGGAAAAAGAGUGGUAUUACUUUAUAACCCAAGUAUCCAAUAAAAAGAGUAGGAACCUAUUCUCAGCUGAAAUGAAUCGCCUUUUUGCUAUUGUUGGGAAUGCCACUUUGCCUAAGAAGAAGUCCAAAACUCCUAUGAUGGUUGAGGAAGAGGUGGUUGCCUUGAAGAAAGCAGCAGAGCUUGCUAAGCAAAAGAAGAAAAUUUGUGAAGAAGAGCUAUUUAUAAGGGACAAUGAGUUGGCUGAGGAGGAAAGGGUGGAGGAAGAUGAGGAGAGUAAGACUGUUGAUUUUCGACCCAAGGUGACAAUCAAAUGGGACCGAGAAGAAAGUAGGCAUACCAUCUUCCCUUUAAAGCUCGAGUAUGAGUUCGUGGUUGUGGAUAAGGAUGAUGCAGAGGUCAUGGGUGAUCUAAAGGUGGGGUUAAGGUUUUCUCAAAGCAAUUGUUCAUUUCGUGCCUCAUCGAAAUGGUUAACCCUUAAGCUCAGGACUCCUAUCUCAAUAAGGAUGAUUGCUUUUAUUCCACAAGCUAAGUGCCUUGCCCGAUUCUGCUCUUCUUCUCCUUUCCUCCCACUGCAGCCACCCGAAGAAAAAAAAAAGGGGAACCCGGCACCAGCCUUUGAGAAACUGAAUCCGGAUCUGCUCUGCUUUGCUCUGUCCUUCCGCCGGUUGCUCCUGCUUUGUGGGGGUGAUUUGCUUCGGUUUUGGGAUUUCUUCUUCCAUGCCGCCGGCCCUUCCCCAACCUGCAGUCCGAUUUUUGCUUGCAAAUUCUGUUUGGCUAGAAAAUGGGGAUGAAAUUGAUAGUAAUUAGACCAUGAUUUAGCUUGAUUCAAGUGGAAUUUAUAUGAUUGAGUGUUAAUGGACUGCUAUGUGAUUUUUGGAGGAAAAUCCCGUGAGAUUAGUUAGUGUUUUGGCCAAUUUGUGGGAGUGGAGUUACUGUUCACGUCGGGGUCACUGUUCACCAGCACUGUUCACCGGUUACUGUUUACACCCCGAGGGCCAACAAUUAACGGGGAUUUAAGUGAUUAGUUUGUGAUAUAAGAACGAAUUUGGAGAUAUUUGAUUAUGUGGAGAUUUAUGGAAAUAGCAUUGUGAUUAGGAGUGAUCCUAAUGAUGAUUUCAGUUUGAAUGUGUGAUAGUCCGAUAUUAAUUCUGAGGUGUUUUGAUUAGGUUUCCGAUCGUUCUGUCAGUUAGCACUGAGAUUGAGUGCUCGGUUUUAUGCGAGUGAGGUAAUGAAACCGAGGACGGGGAAACCACGGGAAGUGACGAGUUAGAAAGCUAGCCAUUUCGAGAUUGAUAUAGAUUUUAGAAAUAAAUCGUGAUCUUGUACGCUAGAGUGUAUUUGGAGAUUUAUGUUAUCAGAGUAAAUUUUAUAAUUUGAU